AGAUAUCAGUCACAGAACACACCGCUUUCCGAUAUCGUUUUCUGCGAUUGAAGGAAGCUGAGAAACAGCAGCAGCAAGUGAAGAAGUCGCUCUCAUUCUCUUUCUCAUCUAAUCGUCAUGGAAGCGGCACCGGGUGCGCCGGGAGAUCAAUCUCAACCGCCGAACAAGGCCGUUGAGAGGUUGAAUCCAGCGGUGCAGCAGGAACUGAACCUAGACUCCAUCAAGACUCGAGUCGUCAGCCUCCAGAAAGCCAUUGAGCGCAUCCUCCAAGAGAUCGAUGCCAACACCCGCACCAAUUCUGUCCCCAAGUGGCAAGAUAUACUGAGCCAAUAUUCUAUGGUGAAUCUUGAGCUUUUUAACAUUGUGGAAGAUGUUACUAAGGUCUCUAAGGCUUUUGUUGUAUAUCCGAAGAAUGUUAAUGCAGAAAAUGCUGCAAUUCUUCCUGUUAUGUUGUCAUCUAAGCUAUUGCCUGAGAUGGAAAUGGAUGACAUUGUCAAGAAAGAGCAAGUGUUACAGGGGAUGGAACACCUACCAGUAUCCGCCCAGAUUGAAAAGUUAAAGAUGAGAAUUGAUAUGAUUGGAGCAGCUUGUGAAAGCGCUGAAAAAGUUAUAGCUGAUACUCGUAAAACCUAUUUUGGCACUCGACAGGGACCUACUAUUCUUCCAACUUUAGACAAGGUUCAAACUGCAAAGAUUCAAGAACAAGAGAUAUUACUUCGGAAUGCUGUAAAUCAUGGCGAAGGUUUACGAAUCUCCACAGACCAAAGGCAGAUUGUAUCUGCACUUCCGUUGCAUCUGGUAGAUAUACUCACUGUAGGUGAUGGAGCACAGGCUCUUCCUGAGUCAUCUGGGAUAUAUAUGAAGAAUACUCCACUCUCAUCAAACAAUAUUAGCAAUCAGGGUAAUAUGCUACAGGCAUCUGGAGCACAAGCAAUUGGAAGGGCUGUGGCUUCUCCUUCUGGUUCUACAGUUACAACUUCAUUUGACAAUACAACGUCACCACUGCCAUAUGCCAAUUCGCCCAGGUCUGGCACAAAUAUGAUGAAUACACCUUCUCCUCAGCAACAAUCACAGCAGCAACAACAACAGCAACAACAGCAGCAUCAGCAUCCGCAUCAGCAUCAGCAGCAAAGACAGAAAAUGAUGCAAUUGCCUCAGCUUCAGCAGCAACUUCUAGCUCAACAGCAAUUUAGGCAAUCUUCGCUGCCUGGUUCAGGACAAAAUCAGCUGGGGCAGCUGCAUGAUUUGCAGGGGUCGGCUCAGCAGAAAUUUCAAUCGCUACAUGGUCAGCAUCAAAUGCAAUUCUCUCAACCAUUAGGGACCCAGCAAUUCCAGGGUAGGCAGCUGCCUACUGGACCAGUUCAGCAUGGCAUUGGUCAAAGCCAGAUCAACCAAGGGACUCAGUUGAAUCGUCAUUUGAGCCAGUUUUCUAGCCCUGCCAAUAGUGCAUUGUUCAAUGCUGCUCAGGGUACUCCAAAUACCCAAAUGAUUUCAAACAUGUCAGCUACCAUGGCAUCACAAUCACUUUUGCCAAGAAUGCAGGACCAAGUAUCGGGGAGGACGAUUGGCAAUGCUAAAGCUAAGGAUGGGCCUUAUUAUUUGACAGAGAAUAGGAUUUUUUCUUCUACAAAUAAGGCUAUUUUGACAGCCACAAUCGAUGCCAAGUUUGGACUAUCCGGUGGCAAUCGGCCCCAUGCUUCCCAAAUUUUGAGUGAUCAGAUGUUCAACAUAGGAGCAGCCAAUUCUGGCGGUAUGAUGCCCAUUCAGCAGCAGCAGCAGCAGCAGCAACAGCAACAGCUCACCUCACAAGGUGCAUUCGGUAACAUGCCACAUAAUGCUCAGAAUCUACAACCUGGUAUGGUUGCCCAUCAAAAUGCACAACUUCCCAACUUCCAGCAGAGACAGUCGAAUCAACAGUGAAAUGUAGUAGUCUAGGCUCAAGUUUUCUUCUAACAAAUGAUUUUUGUUGGUAAUAUACGGCAGUUUGUCUUCUUUCUGUUAAUCUGUAGUAGAAUCUUUGCCAUUCUGGCAACUAAUCGGGGUUUCCUUGCAGUUCUGUAUGUAAACACCAACAUUUCAUUUCAAGUUCGUAGUUGUGUUUAUCCGUAAAA